GCCAUGGCGUCAGAGGCGAACACCCAGUCCAGAGUGAUGUUUCAGUCCACGGGCAAAGUCGACCAACCGGGUCACCGCAAGCUUGGCAAGCUGACCGUCAAGUACAACCGCAAAGACCUGCAGAGGCGGCUGGACAUUGAGGAGUGGAUAGAUGAACAGCUGCACCUGCUCUUUGACUGUGAGGAAGAAGACAUCCCAGAGUUGGAGAUUGACAUAGAUGAGCUCCUGGAGUUAUCAGAUGAAGGGCAAAGAAUUCGAGUACAGGAGUUGAUGCAGGAAUGUAGAAAGCCAAUAGAGGAUUUUGUCGAUGGGCUGCUCUACAGGAUAAAAGGACUACGCAAAAUGUCAGGCCCUUUGAAGAAAUAG